UUUGACCCGGAUUUCCAAACGCCUUUAAUAUUAGGCGAGUCAUUGGAAUUCUCGGAUUCUGAAGAAACACAAUUCGUCGGUUUUUCAGACGGCCUGUGGGCCAAGUCUGAGCCCUUUCUACCCAUGUCUGGUUUCCAGAAGCCCGUCGGCUCUGUACUAGAUUACGGUUCUACACGGUCUUUGCAUGAUGCUGGUUCUUACUCCACCUACGGUCAAUCCCCAUAUGUGACCACCUCGAUAGUCCCAUCACCUAUGGCCGACCAGGCCAGCCAAAUCUCAGACUGUGUUCCCUACAUUCCCAGUAGCCAGUAUGGCGGCUCAUACGAAGAAGCGCAAUCACCUUUGCUUAGUACUCGUACUCGGCAAUUGCCUGAGAUUGUCACCUAUAGUCCUCAGCAUGGAAGUGAGGGCACUCGGGUAGUGGUGCAAAUUCAGUCACCCUUUGACCUCCACACCUCCACUUAUGGGGCCUUGUUCGUGGUAUUUGGUUCCAAAAAGUGCGAAUGCCUUCCCACUUUCUUGGGUUUCCAGGGCUCAAGCUUCCAGUAUGCUCUUGCAGCUGAUGCCCCUGAUUUCAUCUUGACUGGCUCGCCAUCCUUUGCCACUCCCAUACAGGUUGUUAUGGAGGGCCAGGGUGACUGCCCCCCUACCAAUCUACAGGUUGGUGUCUACACUUAUGAGCAGGUGCCUCAGCCUGCUUCUUCCUCGUCAGGAGACCGCAAGAGAAAGCUUUCUUCCUACUCCGACACUGGUGUUCCUGCUCCAAGCAAGCGUCCCACUGGACCCAUAAUGCCCAAGAUCGAGCCACAGGAAAACUACACGUUCAGAGAUAACCGUUCUGCAUCGUACUCUCCAUACUUGCAGCCUCUUCCUGCCAUGAAUGGAUUUGUGACACCCUACAACACCGUCCCCUCUCGCAACAACUCUGUCCAAUAUUCCGCAGUCUCCGCCACAUCUCAGCCUUCAAUGCGUGCUCCCUCCCCUAUUACUCCUUCCUGGAGCCCUUCAUACGUCUCAGUGCCCCAUGAUCCCCGAAACUCGGGUCUCGUGGCCCACGGAAUGCCAAUGGCUUCCACAGUACGUGCCUCCAACCCUACUUUAAUCCGCACCUCCACUCUGCAGCAUUCGAACGGUAUGGGUCAAACACAGGCAUUUAACCCCUACGCCAUGUACCCGACGAAGGCCGUUCUGAAGUUAGGCGGAAACUUGGAUUCUAUGACCGAGAAUUGGAGCAAGGAGGAGCGCGCUUCCCAGCGCCGCCUUGUCCAAUUCACCCGCUCGCAGACUGGAAGCACCAUCCAUGGCGAGUUCAAGCCGGUCACCCCGGAGGAGCGCGCCCCUAACAGCAUUUGCAUCAGCUGCAUCAUGUGGGAGGGUAAGGAUGAGUACUUCGUCACCAGUGUAGAUACUAUCUACCUGCUCGAGUCAUUGGUCGCUGUGCGAUUCACUGUUGAAGAAAAGAACCGCAUUCGUCGCAAUUUAGAAGGUUUCCGCCCGCUCACAGUAUCCAAGGCCAAGUCGGACAGCGAGGAUUUCUUCAAGGUCAUCAUGGGCUUCCCUGCCCCCAAGCCGCGCAACAUUGAAAAGGAUGUCAAGGUCUUCCCCUGGAAGAUUCUUAGCCUCGCGCUGAAGAAGAUUAUUGGCAAAUAUUCUGCCAGCUACUCCUCGACAGCAGGUGCGCUGCCAACACCAAUGACAACGUAUGUCAGCCAUGGUACUGCCUCUGAUUCCGGUACCGAGCCUCACACUACCACUUCUCCCCAGUCGGUCUCUGACUCUGGUCCCAACUACGCUACUAGCAUGGCACGUUCAGUCUACCAGCAACCCAGUCAGGCGUAUAUCCCGAUGACAACUGGCCCUGAUCUUCGCUCAGUGGUACCCUCCAGUCAGUCGUACACUUCUGUUGGUGCAUACUCAUACCCGGCCGUCUGUCAUCCCCAAAAUCCCCACAGUCUGGUUGCACCUACUCCACGAACAGCAUGGGACAUGCACGGCCUCGGUGCUCCCACUUCUGCCGCAUCGGUCAACGCAUGCUACAACUACAUGGAACCUGUAUACCCCCUGCACCAUGCCGCUCAGGGUCCAUGA